AUGCCGCCACGCAGAGCAGCAAGAAGAAGCGGGGCAGAAAAGCCAGUCCCCGCCGACAUCGCACUCCCCGCCCAGGUCAUCUCCACAACCCUCAACACAGACCCCCUCCCGACAGUCACCGUGAAUACAGCAAACCUCCAGGAAGUCAAGGCUGCCCUCGAUGACAUUGUCAAGAAGUACAUGCUGGACCAAGAGUUCACGCCGUCCUUACUUCACCCAACAGUCCAUCUCAGCCUUGGAUACUCCUCGGUGGUGAUUGCACUCUCUGCAGCGCUGUACUCUUUCAGAGUCAGCUUUGAAGACUCCAAGGCCGUAUUAUGGGUCGCGGUCAUAUCCUAUGCCGUGUUGCAAACCGCUCUGUGGGCGUGGAAGCGGUGGGUCGAGAAGGGCGAGGUGUUCAAGGGCAAGCGGAGACGAAUGGUCAAGAGGAUUGAGACCGACCACGUCCAAAUCAUCACAUCUGCCCCCCUCACACCUCCCCCAGCCCCUGUCGUCUCCUUCUCUCCCCACACCCGUCCCUCUUCCCCUUCGUCCGGCCCAUCUUCUCCCUCUCUGUCCCAGUCCCCUAUCAAACUCUCCUCCCCCUCCUUUUCUACCAAGGCGUCCGCAUUUACAAGCUCUACCGACUCGAAGCCGGCCACGGGCCCUUCCUACCUUGUCCACCUCAGCCUUUCCACCACUUCCAACAAGGGCAAAUCCCUGAUCCACAAAUCCCGUGUCGUCGUCGGACGAGGAAUAGGCGAGCUUGUAGACGAAUCUGGCGGUGUCGAAGAGGGGGAGGUUCUGAGAUGGCUGCGGUUGAUAUUGAGCGAGGCUGGUCUGGUAGGCGCUGAGGACAGCGAUGAAUAG